AUGGCAGUGCUGCCGCGGCGCCCCCGCCUCCAGGCACUUGCGUGGCUCGCCGUGGUGCUCCUGCUAGCAGCCACGAGCGUCUGCCUCUGCCGGGACGUUCCGGCGGCCGGUGCGCUGCCGGGCAUGCGCGCCCUCCUGCAGUCGACGACGACGCCGUCGCCGGACAGCCCGCCGGCUCCUCCUCCUCCUCCUCCGUUCCCGCGGCCGAUCUGCCGCCGCUGCCCGCCGCGCUGCCCGCCUGAAGGUUGCUCCGGCAACGGCUCGCCAUAG